AUGCCAACGGAAGAAAUCAAAGCGCCUGUCAUCUGUCUGUCUCAAUUUUCUUUCUUUCUUUCUUUCUUUCUUUCUUUCUUUCUUUCUUUCUUUCUUUCUAUUCAUAUCUAUCUAUCUAUCAAUGGGUUAUUUAAUGCCGGCAUGAUUUUUAUUGCUGCUAAUAUUUUUUAUCUAUCUAUCUAUCUAUCUAUCUAUCUAUCUAUCUAUCUAUCUAUCUAUCUAUCUCAGCAUAUAUUUGUUUGGUUUGUUUUACGGCAUAUUGGAGACGAACGAAUAAGAUAUCGAUCUGAAAUCGAAACGAGAUACUCUCAAGCUUUUGGGAGUCUGAAGAAGGAAGGAGAGAUAAGGUUUCUGGCUUGUGGUCGAUAUUUCUUGCCAGCUUGGCAUGGUGAGAUUCGGACUUAUACUGUGUUCUUUCGGUUGCUGAAGCAUUCUUUCAAAGCUGAAUCCUGGAAACAGAGAAGGAAGACAUAA